UCUCCGCAUCUACAGAAAAAAAGAACAUCUCUUAUUAGUGCUGCAGUUCUUGACCUUGUGGCUUCUGCUCCUGGAUUUCUGCCAGGCAGCAGGAGAAAGGAACACACGCUCACCCACUCGCGAACUCUCUCUCACACAAACACACACACACACAACAUCUACUAACACAGUGCACACAGCCACGGAGACCACCUCUCUCUCUCACACACACACACGCACACGGUCUUUAUCUCUCUCUGCUUCUCUCUCUCUGUACUGUAACUGCUGGGAUACCGUGCAGAAGAGAGAGGAGUGCGUUUUCUUCUCCUUGCGGGAGCUGGUGCUGAUUUCAAGCCUGUCCUCUUGCUGAAUUCUGCUGUCCUCAGUCAAGGAAGGCAGGAUGGCGAGCUGUGUAUUUGGCUGUAACUGCAGAAGAGUGAAAUGUUAAGCAACAGGGGAGCAAUUGACCAAAGGAGGUUUCCCCCCUGCUUUCCAAGAGCGGGAAGCUGUGUAUCCUGCUGAGGGUUCCAGCAAGCCAGUGCUUAGCCCAAGGAGAACAGGGAACAGGGCAGAACUCAGGUCACACCACAGCUCUCCCCCUUGUUGGGACACCAGUUCACCGCAGGGCACAGAUACAUGAGGACAAGAAGAUGACUAUUACCAGUCGGCAGUCCUUCAAUGUCCUAGCAGUGAUUUUUCUUCUGCUCUCGACAGCAGCUCUCUCGGCGCACUUCCGUGUCUGUGAGCCGUACUCUGACCACAAAGGCCGCUACCACUUCGGCUUCCACUGCCCUCGUCUCUCCGACAACAAGACCUACAUGUUCUGCUGUCACCAUAACAACACCGCCUUCAAGUACUGCUGCAACGAGACAGAGUUCCAGAACGUCAUGCAGAUCAACAUCACGGGGAGCUCUGAUGGCUUCAUGCACAAUACACCAGCUGCACUACUACUCCACGAGCAUGGCCUCACGUGUACCCGAGUGAGAAGGCGCUGCAAGCAGGGCGAGACAAGGCGGAUGCGCGGCGGGCAGGUAGGGGUGCUAGCCAGGCUAAAGGCUAACCCCUCCAGACCAGCGAUUCCAUCUAUUUUCCUGGCCAAUGUUCGCUUACUGGACAAUAAAAUGGACUUACUCAGGCUAAGAUACACUACACAGCAAGAAAUGAGGGACCGUUGUGUUUUCAUUCUUACGGAAACGUGGCUCCACGAAAACAUCCACAACUCGUCUAUUGAGCUGGAUGGACUGUUUCUCUUCUAGGCAGACAGAAAUGUUUAAACCGGGAAGACCAGAGUAGGCGGCUUGUG